AUGAAGAAUACAGUUCGAAUGUAUUGUUACUUUGUAUUUAUGUUUUUAAUUUCAAAAUGUAAUGGAAAUCCAAAUUUACCAAUGAAUACAAUUCAAAUUCCUUCAACUCGAAUGAAUAAUAAUUUUAUUCGAUCUGAGAGAUAUUACAUCAAACAGCAGGUCCCAAGGGUCUUUCCAAUUCAAGGUCCAUCCCAAACUUUUGUUAAGGUAUCUGGUCUAACAAUGCCUUUCCAUCAUACAGAACCAUUAUUAUAUAAAAUUAAAUAUGAAGGAAGAUGUCUUUCGUCUUAUUUUAACUCAACUUGGCUACAUUUACGUUUUAUGAUUAAUGACAAUUUGCUUUAUUUAGAUAAAUUUCUACCAAAUACAGCUAAUCGGUAUCAAUAUAAUACUGGAUAUAGUGAAAAUGAUAGUCUUGAUUAUAUUGGUGGUUUGUAUUGGUUCGUUAAUACACCAACAGUGACACAAUGUUCAUUUAGUGAUAUUAUCUAUUUAAAUCCUGGUUUACAUGUCAUUGAUGUAGCUGUUCGAGGUGGACAUGCUCGUGGUGCUUUUCCAACCUAUGUUGUUGGUGGAGCUUUGACAAUUGAAUUAGUUGAAUAUGAUUUGUACGCAGAUAUUGGUAUGAAACCGAUCGAUGCUAAACCGAUCGAUGCUAAUUUAAUACCAAAUUCUAUCGGAUAA